AUGGCAAAACUAGAAACCCUCCCCAACGAGCUGCUCUUCAUCAUCUUGAAAGAUGUCCGAGACAUCCGGGGCCUCGCUUCCCUCGCCCAGAUGAACCGCCGGGACGAAGAGAUCCAGGAGAAACGCCUGGAGAUCAUGGAGAUCGAUAAACGCAUCGACGCCUUCAAGCGUAUUGUUGUGGACCCUCGGCAAGACGCGAAGAGAAUCGUUUAUUUUCAGGAAUAUGGAGCUCUCCACGAGGCGGCCUUCUUUGGACAAUCAGAGACUGUUCGCUGGCUACUCAGCAAUGGAGUCAAUCCUAGGCAGGCAUGCUUCCUUCAGUGUACCUGGAUUUACGCCAGUGGCAACGAGUAUCUCCGUACCUACACCAACGCCCUGCAUCUAGCCUUUGACCUUGGACGUUGGGGUGUCGUGCAGGUCUUUUCCGCCAACAAAGCAGGCCAUGCCAUAAUGUACGACACAUCGAUUUGGGAAGAAGCUAUCCAGGAGGACCAGGCAAAGCCAGCAAUGAAGUUUGCUGUUUCCGUCGCAUCUAGCUGUUUCCAAGACGACGCUGGUCUGCUGAAGCAAAAACCUUCAGAGAAGAGCAUCAUCGACUCCGUCAACUUGCUUCUUGACCCACUGGAUUGUCUUGAAGCACACUGCGACGCCGAGCCGGAAGACAUCAUUCUGUGGAAUGAGCGAAAGCAACGGUUGUUGGAAAAGCAAGAAGGCCAGGUUUUCAAACGCGCCGAAGGAAAAGCGCAACGGAAAGAGAAUCUGUGGGAUUCUCUGCAGGUAAUCGCAGAUCACAAGGCCCAAGAGGUGGCAAAGCAGCACCGCACAGUGAACCGUCGACUACGAGUUGAACUUGUCGCGCAAGAUUUCCGCGACCUCGUUUUCGACAUUCCCAAACCGAAUUUCCACAAUGCCACCCAGACUCUGGCCAUUGAGUCUUCCAAGACACCUCAGUCGACCAUUGUGCCGGUGCGCCAGCUCGGGACGGAACACGAUGUAAUCGUCCUCCGCCAGCGCGGCGACCGCGAAGCCAAAUUCCACCUCUCCCCUCCCCUGCGCAGGGACGGCAAGAUCAAACUCAGCUACGGCGCAAGACUCGACGGCUCAGACGUCAUCGGCAAGACCUUCACCGACGCCGUCAAGGACACCACCGGCCGCGAUGUGAGGCUGCAACAAGUCACCCUGGCGCAAUACGUCUCAAACUCCCCACGGGUCGCGACGCCGAUCUACCCCCAAGACGCCAGCAUGAUCGUCUCCAUCCUCGACCUCAACCUGCCGUCCCCCGGCGAGGACCCGGACUUUGACGACGGCCCGCCGGUCGAGAUCUUCGAGGCCGGCACCGGCAUGGGCGCGCUGACGCUGCACCUCGCGCGGGCGAUCCACGGCGCGAACCCGCCUGUGCCGCUGAAGCUGCGCGAGGCGCUGUGCACGGCGGAGUACGAGAGGAACACGCUCCCGCGGAAGCCUGCGGCGGACGACGAUGCGCCGGAAUAUGCGCACUCGGCGCACGCGCUGCAGAUCGCUGACCCGGAACUCGCCGAGAUGCACGCGAAGCACGCCGCCAGCCGCCGCGCGAUUCUCCACACCCUGGAUAUCAAUCCGACGUCGAGCCGCAUGGCCCACAAGCUCGUCAGGUACUUCCGGCGCGGCCUGUACCUCUCCGACGUUGACUUCCACGUCAGCACGAUCCGGUCGUACCUCUCGUCCCGCCUCGCCGAGAAGGGGGGGGAGCCGUUCCUCGCGCACGUCAUCCUGGACCUGCCGGCGUCGCAGGAGCACGCGGACGUCGCGGUGCAGGCGCUGCAGCCCGGGGGGAAGAUGGUCGUGUUUUACCCCUCCAUCACGCAGAUCCUCGAAUUCGAGAUGUGGGCCAAGGAUACGGGCCAGCCGCUGGUCCUGGACCGCGUCGUCGAGCUGCACACGUCCACGUCCAACAGCGAUUCCGGGUUCAAGGAUGCCCUCGGCGGAAGGAACUGGGAGGUCAAGGCCGUCGGCAUCCGCAAAUUCGAGCGGGCCGGGGAGACGGGGCCCGUGUCGAGGGGGUAUGUCUGCAGACCCAAGGUCGGCACCCUCGUUGUCGGAGGUGGCUUCUUGGCUGUGUUUAGCAGGAUAACAAAGAAGUCUUCUGUUGAGGAGGUGGUGGAGGAGGUUGAACAAACAGAGUCUGAAGAGGCUGAGACGACUGAACAGCAAUCCGAGGAGGACGCUACAAGGCCCCAGUGA